AUUAAAUUUCAACGCCUUAUCCGGGAGUGCUAACCUAGCAUGCCAAGAAAGAAGCCGUUUAGUGGAAAGCAGAAGAAGAAGCAGUUACAGGACAAAAAGAAAAGGAAGAAAGAUUAUACCGAGGACACUGGCAGCUAUGGAACUCAACGUUCCGUUGAUUCUGCAUCUCCUGAGCGUAUUGUUAGUGAUGAGGAGAGUGACAAAGCGUCGACUAGGGAAGACACCGUGUCAGAACUGGUGCCACGACUUCUGAAAAUUCACGAGCAGCCGGCUGCUCAGCAAGUGAUAUGCAAAAAGGACUAUAACCCAAACAGAUUUCGAUUACACUUUGAAGUUCAAACUGAUGAUUAUAUUGAAAGAAGGAAAAGAGAAUCUCAACAACCACUUGAAAUGCUUCCAGAAACUGCACUUGAAGUAUCACUGGAUGAUGUUUACCAGCCUGGUUCAGUGUUAGACAUACCAAAGAGACCGCCAUGGACAUACAAAAGCACAAAAGAGCAGGUACUGAAAAAAGAAGAAGAAAUGUUCAAACGAUACCUGGAAAAUAUUUAUGACAAGUACAAACCAGAACAGCUCAGCUGGUUUGAACACAAUUUGGAGACAUGGCGGCAGCUAUGGCGUGUCUUGGAAAUGUCGGAUAUCGUGUUACUGAUAACUGAUAUUCGACAUCCAGUACUUCAUUUUUCUCCUGCACUUUAUGAGUAUGUUGUAAACGGUCUCAAGAAAAAGCUUGUUCUUGUUCUUAACAAGAUUGAUUUAGUUGCUCCAUCACUGACUGUUGCUUGGCGAGACUACUUUCUGUACAAGUUUCCUCAGCUUCAUGUUGUGUGCUUUACUAGCUUUCCUAAUUCAGAUGCUACUACUGGUAUGGAGGAAAAUACAGGAGCGAAAGGUAGCAAGAAAACAAUGGGAUUACUUAGCAGAAGGCGGAAAAGGAUGACAACAGCUAUUGGUGGCUAUCAACUGUUGGAGGCUGCUAGACAGCUUUGUGUUAUGAAAGGAAAUCUUGAUGAAUGGCAAGAUAAACUGGAGAAUAAAGAUCCAUUUGAAUACUGUAGUGAUGAUGAGGAUGAUUAUCAACCCGGUGAUGCUACUGGUGGACCGUUGUCUGCAAUUGAUGGCAAAGACCAACUUUUAAUGAUAGGGAUUGUUGGUCACCCCAAUGUGGGGAAGUCAGCUAUCAUAAAUGGAUUAAUGGGAAAGAAGGUUGUAAGUUGUUCAAGAACUCCUGGCCACACAAAACACUUCCAGACUAUCUACUUGACACCCACAAUUUGCCUAUGUGACUGUCCUGGUCUGGUGUUUCCAUCACUAAUAGAGAAGAACUUACAGAUCUUGUCUGGCAUAUUUCCUAUCUCUCAAGUCAGAGAACCGUACAGUCCAGUUGGGUAUCUCGCUGCUCGUAUCCCACUCGUUCAACUUCUGGGCAUAUCGAAGGAUACAAGUGAUGAUCAGUACUCCAAAUGGUCGGCAUGGGACAUCUGUGCAGAGUGGGCAGAGAAGAGAGGGUACUUUACUGCUAAAGCUGCAAGACCUGACGUCUAUAGAUCAGCCAAUAGAAUUCUUCGUUUGGCUGUCGAUGGUCGACUCUGUAUGGCUAUGAGACCUCCAAACUACACCGCAGAAAAAGCAAAGUGGGAAGCUCAUCGAGAUGUCUCUGAAAUGGUUCAACUCCAAAGGCUAGGACUAACGAAAGAAACAAUGAACCCGACCCCUCAUGAUGUGGACCUCAGCAGCAGCUCUGGAUCAGAUGGCAGUGCUGAGGACGGAUUUGAAGUCAGACAGCCCAAUACUAGUAACCGUUUUACGUUGCUCGAUGACAGCUAAACUAUACAUACAUAUAUCAGCUUUAUUACUUGUGUUACUCAAAAAGUUGAUCGCAGAAGCAGCUAUACAGCAAGCUUUAAUGGCAGGCAGAAAAUAAUAACCCAAAGUGUUGAUAAAAAGCCACCAUCUA